GACAGAACAACAGCUGCCUUCAUAUAUGUUUAUUUUUUUGACAGUGAAACGCUCAAACUUUUUCGCUUUCCUGCAUUUUCUACAAGAUAUUCUACGUUAAACCUCUAAAAUGGAGUUUAGCAGAUGUAGAUUGUGCUUAGAAAUGACCGACCAUUAUGUAGAAAUAUUUCACGAAACGUUUCCUGAUAUGAUCCACAAGCUAACGGGCCUCCAGAUUGAGCCCGAAGAUGGCCUGCCAACCACGUCUUGCCUGCAGUGCCACCAAGAAGUAAAAUCGGCUAUGUUAACGCGAUAUCAAAUCCUCAACUCCCACAAAAUCUUAAUGGAUGAGGUCAAAUUCAAUGUCGAGAAAUAUGUGGAAUACGUCCUAAAUACAUCUCCAGCUGAAAUGGGCGACACUAAAAAACCCACGUCAACCGACGAAACAAGUCCAAAACUAGAUAAAGCUGAGCGUUGUGAAGACUUAAGCCAUACAAAGAACGAGCCAUCUGAUCCGCAGUUAGUCCCAGUUGGCUCACUAGCCUCAAAUGAAUCAAAAGUAGGCAAGUGUGAAAUAACUGCAAACCUGAUGCCUGCCAAGAGCGCACUAUCCAGGCGAAGGCCCACUAGGAAGACCCCAAACAAGGAAAUAAAGUUCAGAAAGAAACGGAUCAACAGACAAAAAUCAGUAGAAGAAAAAAUCGAAUUCAAAAGAAAAGCUACUGGACCCCCGCUGUCUAUUAAAGUGCAAUACGACAUUAAGCCUGAGCAUCAGGAAUUUUUGAAAACUGUUAAUAGAAAGGAGAGGGUCGCUUGUCCGGACUGCGGCAGAAUCUUAUUUGGCAUGAACAUGAAAAACCAUUUAAUAACGCAUAAUUAUGAUCCAGUUGUUUGCGAUAUUUGCGGCAAAACGUCAAAAAACGCCCAGGCCCUGCAGGACCACAUUAAUUAUUAUCACAAAACCACCCCAGACAGGUACAUGUGCGAUAAAUGCGGCAAAGGCUACAGGGUGCGGUUCAUGCUGGAAAGGCACGAAAAGAAGGAACAUGGCAAUGGCGAAAAAGACUACGAAUGUUCGAUUUGUGGCAAGAAGUUUUACGAAAAACUGCAUUUGAAGACCCACAUCAAUAUAACUCACAAGAAAAUCAAACCCUACAAGUGCGAAUACUGCGGAAAAGAUUUCGGCAGAAGAACGCAGUUCGUUACCCAUCAACUAGUUCACACGAAGGAGAGUCGCUACCAUUGUCAAGUGUGCGGUAAAGGUUUCAAAAUCAAACAAACAAUGCAAACUCACUUGAAAGGCGUCCACGGGAUCGAAGAAGAGAAAACGAUUUUUUGCCAAAUCUGCCAGCGAGGCUUUUCCACCGCUCAUGGCCUUAGAGCACAUGUUAAUUCGCGGGUUCAUGGCCUGGAAAAAUGCGAGCACUGCUCAGAGUUUAUAACUGUGGAAUACAAAACUGUGCAUUUAAGAGACAUUCAUGGAAUUAAAUCCGAUGACUCUUAUAGCUAGCCUUUCAAGCUAAAAAAGGAAGUUAAAAUAAACCCAAGAGUCUAUGUACCAAGUAUUAAAAGGAGACUUAAUUACAGUAACUUUGGAGAAACAGCGCGAACUCUAAAUGGAAGGCCACUUGCAACCUUUUAAGGCGCUAAAUAAAAUUAAUUUACCUUUAGGUUG